AUGGCGGGCGGCCAUGAAAGGACUUCUGCCCAAAUCUAUGAGCCUGUCAUUGUGCGCAAAGAGAGCCCUCCCCUACGGCCCACCCUGCAAUCCGAAGAUGCCCCAACCUAUGGACUGGCGCAGCAGCUCUUUCGACAUCUCAUAUUUCCGACCGAUGCUUUCGAGACCAUGGCCAUUUCGUCAGCACAAAUCAUGGCAAAUCUUAGAGAGGUUAAUCUAAUGUCAAAUGAGGUCAUGGUAUCUCCGUCCUUCUUGACCUUUGUUCCCAAGGAUCUGGCGGUCGAUACCACCAAACCACUUCUGCAAAGCAAAUACAAUGAAAUGGAGAAUCGCCCUUGGCAGGUCCAUAUUCCUAAGCCCCUAAAGAUUGGUCUCAAAGCGAACUUCGGAUUCGACGGAAAGGUCUAA